AUGGCGCCUAGUCAAGUUUUACGAGCAAUGCAGCCCUUGCGAUCAUCUACCGUCCGGUCAACAUUGUCCCUAUCCUCAAAAUCCCCCGCCGCUUUGCAAUGCAACAGACCAACUUUUCCAUCCCGCCGACUCAUCACUUCUGCUCCAAGAACAGUUUCGCAGCAACAAGAAGAAACUAAAUCAAGCGUCCGACCCUCCGCCGAACCUCCAUCUCUCCGCGAAUACCCCUACACAUUGAAGAAGGGCACAGUUGUCUCUGUCGGACGGAUGGAUCGUUGCGUCCGCGUUGAACACCGCCAUAAUGUCUGGGACGACUUCUUGCGCAAGAACUACCCUAAGGUCACUACAUUCAUGGUCUCAGAUCCUCAGAACUCUUUACGCGAAGGCGACGUGAUUGAAUUCUCGUCCGGGUACCCGAAGAGUCGUCGCGUACAUCACGUCGUCGAGCGUAUCAUUGCCCCUUUUGGUCAAACUAUCAAGGAUAGACCGGCUGUUCUUUCCAGGGAGGAGAGAAAUGCGAUCCGCGUUGAGAAGCGAGUAGCGAAAGCGGCGCGCAGGGAACAGAGGAGGCUUGAGAGCGGUGCCACCCAAUCUCAGACGCCUGUGCACGGGCAGGAACACAUUGGGCGCAUUCGGAGGCUAGUUUUGGAGAGGACGGCUGAGAGCAGUGCGAAUGUUGGGGUGUCGGCUUAG